CCUCGGGGCUGUCUGCUUGUAGUUGCGGCUAUCUGCAUGAGCGCCACUGCCCCGCCGGCCCGUGAUGUGAUGGCGAGGAAACCCCGUUGACAAGGCACUGCUUUUUCAUGACGGAAAUCUGGGGGGUUAAAUGACCGACUCCAUGGUCCCCACCAGAAACCAGUCUAUUCUUGCCUCUUCCUAGGUGUCAUGGACGAUGAAGAUGCUCGCUGUCUUCUCGAUAUUAUAGGGGAUGUGCAGGCUCUGAAUGACUAUCUUCAUGGCUCCAACAGCAAAUCGAUCAAUGAAGAUGACGUGACAAACACAACCAUUGGCUCUGCCAACUCUUUCUUUAUCAGCAAUUCCGGAGAUGGUGGCUCCACCCUGAAGGAUGGUGGUGGCUCCCUUCCCAGCGUGGGCGUGCCUGACGGGGCAGGGCUUCAGCUCCCCAACAACCUGCGGUUCAUGGAGGAGGAGCUGGGCGAAGCUUUGCCCUCAGGGGCGGAGCUGGGGGAGGAGCAGCCCUUCGACAUCCUCCAGAAAUCCCUGCAGGAGGCCGACAUCACCGAGCAGACCCUGGCCCAGGAGGCCCUGUUGGAGUCCCCGCCCGCGCCGGCCCCCUUCGCCCAGCAGCUGGUCUCUGGGGGAUUCGGGGGUGCGAUCGGGGCGGGGCCGUCCCCUCUGCCUUUCUCCGGGGCCCAGUCUCAGGGCGUGCUCCAGCAGGUCUCCCAGCAGCCCCUGCACAACGGGACCGCGGGGCACAUCCAGGUGCUGGGAGCGUUUGGAGGUGCACCUUCGGUGAUGCCCAUCAACAGCCUGGAGCGACCCCAGAUCGUCCUGCGGCCCGGGGGCGGGGGAGGAGGAGGGGCACAGGGCGGCAUGUUCGCCCCCCCGGUCACAGGGCAAGUCGGCGUCCCUUUCAAGGCCAGCGGGACGUCCAUCCCCCUCCAAAACAUCAUCAUCCAGCAGGGGGGGCCCUCACCCCAGGCACUUAUCAGGCCCAUCCAGCCCAAACCGCUCCAGGUGGGCGGGCAGACUGUGUACAACAUCAGCGGCCUGGGCCUCCAGGCCCCGCCCGCUGCCACGCCCCCUCAGCCUGGGGGCUCGUCUCAGCCGCCCCAACCGCAGAUGAAGGUGGUCAACCACUCGGGCAACAUCAUGAUCCAGUCUCCCCUGGGGCAGCAACAGCAGCAGCCACCGCCCAGUCAGUUCCUUUUGCCUGCCUCCUUAUCACUCACCCCCACCACCUCCGCCCAAGGCCUGCAGGCCCUCAACGGGCAGAUCCUCCAAACCUCCGACCGCACCUCCACCAGCACCACCUACUCCAUUCUGACCAAUCACAGUGCCGCCGUGCAGCUUGUCGCCGGGCAGAGUUUCGCGGGCCAGCUCAUCGUCAACCAGGGCGUGGUGCCAGGAGGCGCCGGACAGGCAGCCCAGGUUUCCUGGGCGACGGCGGGUGGGGCUAAAGUGUGGGCUGGUCUCCCCGGCAACGUCCCGCCCGGUGCGGCCGUACAGAACCGCUUCACCCUGGUGAGCUCCACGGGGCCUCAGAUGGUGGAGGGCGGGGCCCCGGGGCCCCAGGGGCAACAGCAGGUCUCUGUCAGUCUGGGGCAGAGUGUCCUGGUACCCCUCACGCAAGCCCCCGUCCCGGCCGGACACGCCGUGUCAGAGACUUACACUUUCUCCAGCAGCCAGGACUUCUCAUCAGUGACCCCCCAGUUUAUCAGCCUACCAGGGAACAAAGUUUUGAAAACAGUGAUGCCCCUCAACCAGGUCGACUCCACCAACACAACAAAUGCCCAGCUCAGCUCACAGAAGAGACCCGCCCCUCAACAGCUCACCAAAGGAAUCAUGGUUCUCCAACAGCUGAGGCGGGACCAGGCCAAGGUUCUGGCAGCAGACAGACUGCCCUUCUCUUCCUUUGAAGACGCUGCUCACCAACUUCUGCCCUACCAUGUGUACCAGGGUGGUCUGCCUACCAACGAGGACUUCAAAAACGUGGAUGAAGAGUUUGAGAUGGCGGCCACACAUGUGCUAAAGCGAACACAAUCAAUGCUGAAUAAGUACCGGCGCCUCCUGCUGGUGGAUGCUGAGCGAACCAGUCCAUCGUCGGAGAUGGUGAUGAUUGACAGGACCUUCAAUCAGGAAGAGCGGAGCGACCUGACCCGGGACAAACGGCUGGCGCUGGUGGACCCGGAUGGCUUCCUGGAGGAUUUCUGCUGUCUGGUCAAGCCUGAGUGUGUGAGCUCUGCAGGGCUGGAGACAUGCCCCGUGGGGGUAAAUGAACUGCAGCCGACAUCCCCUUGCCUCCCAAGGAUGGGGCAUCACCACGGCGACCUGAAGGACACGGGGACUAGGCAGGCAGACCAGAAGGACCCUGCCCACAGGACAGAGCAGCAGCCCGGGUGCAAGGACCCGGGGUGGGAGGGGCCGGAAGUGUCCCUCAGCGAGCACUUGGAGACAGCCAUUAAGAGCAUCCUGGACCUCAAGAAGACCCGAAGGCGCAGCUACGUCGGCCAAGUGCCCCCGGCGACGCCGUCGUCCACACAACACCACGCCCCUCUGCCGCCUCAGGGGCGGGGCUCAGAGAAGCCCCUCCCCUCAGAGCACAGCCAGGCUCCAAUGGCCACCCACACGGAUUCGGUGCUGGAGGCCGCUGUAAAUAGCAUAUUAGAAUGUUAAACAGUGCCACACUCGUAAUUUGUGUUUGUACCCCUCCCCCAACACCGCCAACUGUGCUUUCCCCAGCCUGGUAGAGAGUGAAAGAGAAUAGGACAGAGGACAGAGGACAGGGUUAGGGCAUACCCCCCAACCUUCCUCCAUUUUGUGUCUCUUAUUGUCCAGCUGCCUCUGUCUCAGUCGGGUUUCUGCCUGUUGCCGGACAGAGUUGGCAUAGUCCGGCUUGUCUCCUGGUCAAGCCGUUUACAUGAAGACAUAUCAUCUAGCCCGGUCUAGUGUCCGAGCCUCGUGUUUGGUGCGUGAAUGCGAGCAAAAUACGCGUUUACAUUGGUUGUAGCGCAAUGGUGUGUAUGAUUUGUAGGGUGUGUCAGGUAUGUAAGCUGGGUUACGAGUGUGGGGUGUCUCUCACCUGACUACAGAAAUUCUCACGUCUAUUUCAACAGUUGUCUGUCUACAAGAUUGUCUGUUACAGUUGAAGCAAUUGCCCUGACCAGUUAAGAUACAUCGGGGAAAGUCUAUUUUCAUAAUCAUUUUUUGUUUUUUAAAUGUUUUCAUUUUGUUGCUAUAUUAGUAUUUUGUACCUAACAGGUAUGUGACUACACACUUCACAGGAGUGGAUUUUUAAGGUCAGUUUAAGGCCUCAGAUUGAGGCAUUUAUGUUAUUGUAUGAUUUUAUAUAUAUUUUUUACAUUUAAUUUUUGAUAAAUUAAAUAUUAUAGCAUUCUAUUUUGCGGGCAGCACUUUGCUGUUGUGGUGGAACCUUGGAAGCGGUCCUCUGCUGCAGGGAACUCAUUUCAAUGGCGCACGUGAAGUUUGUGCCUGUUUGAGUGACACACAGGAAGUAAACACUAACCAAAUGGUUGCUGAAACUGCAGUGUUCAGUUUGAUAGAUCUAAAGAAUAUUAAUGAAGGUUCGUUUAUAAGGGUGAUAGCAGUGCUGAAGGAUACUGCAUCAUUGGGCAUCUCUCUGCUGAAAAUCUAUAAACAGUAAUACAGCACUAGGUGUUCCUGUUGCCAGUCAGAACCUCCUAGAGGUAGUUGGUUGUGAAGGUAGAUGCAGGAGCUGCCCAACUAGUUACUAUAGAGAAUCUGUGCUGACAUACAGGAAGAACUCCCUGUGGUCUGCUUUCUAUGGGAUCAGUUUCUAUAUUGAGCUGGUGUGACUUCCCUUCACAUGGGUGCUGUAAGGGGUGGGAGAUUGGUGUUGCCUGAAUUUCACAUGCGGACCCUCCUGAAAAAAACAGCUAGGUUUUGAAACAGCUGGUUGAGCUCCCAAGUCAACAUGGUUUAGAUGAUUGACCACUUCACAUGAGCUCCCAGCUUGACUUGACAAGCUAUGUUUUGAAGCAGCUGGUAGUUUUUUGAACAGCUACCAGCUCAGACAAGCUACCAGCACUAACUGGCUGACCAGCUCAUACCCAGCUAGAUCAGCUUUUUGACUAGCUUGGCCAUGCUGGUAGACCAGCUUAUACCCAGCUAGAAUAACCUAUGACCAGCUUCACCAGCUCAACUAUCAAGCUGGUCAAGCUAGCACAGCUGGAUUUUACAGCAGGGGAGCUAUCCAGUAUUAUCAAUGACUCCUUAAUUUCAAACACUCAUAUUGUUUUUGCAAUAGUAAGCAGUGAUCGAAGCUUUGGCCGUUAUGGGGUUUGUGAAGCCUUAGUCACUUAUGGUUCUGAACCCUGGCCAUCUGUAGUUGUGUGACCCUCCAGUCACUGUGGGGCUGCACCCUUACACCUGUGAUGUACCUGGAACUUUUAGUUGUGUUGAAUUAACAGGGCUUUCUCAAGAGUCAAGUUGUGUUAUUUCAAUGUGGUUUCUGCCUUGACAAAAUAACUGUGCCACUGGUUGGUCAUAGUUGCAGAGUGCUAUGGGGGGACCCUGAAGGCUUGGAAAUGGUGAAACAGUGGUGCAUUUGUAAAACCACCUUCAGAGCAGCGUCUGUAAGUGCUUACACAUCCAUGUCCUGACCAUUUAUCAAAAAAUAAUGUAUAGAAACAUAUCACAUGUAGUGUGGAUGUGUGUGUGUGUGUGUGCAUGCGUGAGUAUAUGAGUGCAUGUAUGCAUGUGUAUACAUCUGUCCUUUGCUCAUUUUGUGCGGUGCCUAUUUCUGACUCAAAUGUUUUCCUUAAAGAUACACUACAUGUCUAGUAUGUUCCAACAGUGCCCCCCCCCCCCACCCUAAAACAAAGUAAUAGGGGAGGGAAACAUGAGUGGUGAAACCAUGAAACCAGACGGCCUACAUUUCAAAGUGCUCAUUCGCCUUAGGAGAGAACAAGUAUGAACACACAACAUACACACUAUAGUUGUUUUGCUGCUUUUUGUUAAGAGUUUGGCCUUCUCAGUUUGCCUGUGGGGAUGAGAAUCUUACAGGAUGCUUCUCGUCACCUUCAUCAUCAUCAUCAAAAUUUUCAUGAUCCUCUAUGUUUGGCCUUCAUUUUGCUCUUACUUUCUAUGGAUGUGUUUGUACAUCAGUCUCCCUCAAACACUUAGUUUCAUUUUUUGUAUAAAUGUGGGGAAAAAAAGAAAAAUGUAAAACAACAUAUUUAUAAUUUUUUGUAAGAAAAAGAGAAAAUGCACAAAAAGCUGUCAAUUUUUAUGUUGGCUGUGAAGUUUUAAAUGAAGAUCUAUGUGUUUUUGAUUUAUUGUCACGUCCUUGGUUUCUUCAUCGUUUUGUGUGGAUGUUCAUUAUAAGAAAACACAAAGUAAACAAAUCAAAACAUUAAAUAGAUUUUCAAAUAUUA